AUGAAGGACAGCAACUCGGUGCUUCAGCAAGUCGACGUCCCCGUUGUGGCCACUGGUCAUUCGCAAAAAGAUGGCGCCAACGCUCCCUCCGCGGCUACACGUGACAAAGUCAACGCGAGGGCGGUGAAGUGUGAAGUUGGGAGCAGCGGGGUCGACGGCGCGGCUAUGACACUUGCCGUGCCGUCGACGUCGUUGGUUUUCAGCCAAGGAAGCAACAAGACAGACCAUUGUAUGCCGCAUUUGACCGCACCGGUACACCUCAGAGACGAAGUUCAGUAUAGCUCGGCGAUCGCCGUCGGGUCAGAGUGCACGGCUGCGCCACAUCAGCCGCGCCUGUCAUCGUCGCCGCGCUACUCGCACAGCGGUCGGCAAGUGAUCUCCGACGCGUGCAAGCGCUCCGAGCCGUUCCUGCGCGGCGCUGAUGGCAACUACAGCACCGUGUACGCCGCAAGUGGCCUGACCGUUAACGCACAGUACCAGACGAUCCCUGAGGAGCACGCCGAAUACCGCCAGCGCAACAAGGUGAACCUCAACUACCGGGGACCUCUCUACGUGGUCGAGGAUGUGUACGUACCGUGCAACGCCUGUGGCGGCCCUGUUGACCCUGUGCGCCGGGUACCGGUCGGCUCCCUCUUCUUCCAUGAAGGAUGCCUUCACUGCUACCUAUGUGGACGUCGCACCGGUGUCGCAGGUCUUUAUCUGCAGGUCGAUCGUCAAGCUGUCUGCAGCGAGUGUGCCGGCCGCGGCUACGAGCAUUGGGUGCCGCGCCAAGAGGUGGAGUCGCGCGGCAUGGUGUACGGCGCUACACGAGGCGAUGUUUAUGCAGCGAUAGACGCGCACGACCGCGGUGCUGCGACGCAUCGGCAACGGCGCAUUGGGAGCCUGCCCAUCACAGCGGAUGGCGGCUCCUCGACAUUGAACAAGGCCGUCGUGCCGGGCGCGCUGCCGCCGUCUCUCUCCAUCGCCAACGUGCACAACCGCCAGAACACCAGUGCCCGUUCCUUUGCACUGAUGAGGCGGCAGCAGUACUACACCCAGAGCGAUAACAACGUCAUCAUGGCGUUGCCUGCCUCGGCGGCGCGGUCGCCGUCUACGGCUGGCAGACGGAAAGGUAGCACGGCGCCCCUGCAGUAUCGCCUCACAAACGCACGACACGAGUGA